UAUCAUUUCAUAGUUGCUAAUGCUAUCCAUACAAUGUGAUUUCCAAUGACGUGGACCAAUCACAAACCCCAUAAGAUUUCAUCACCCCCAACUUGUCUUCUUACAAGAAUCACAACUUUCACACUUUCACCAACCCAACCCAACCCAAAUUCACCACCACCGUAAACCACCGCUCCAAUCCACCACAACCCCACCUCUGAUCACCACCCACAUUCCCAUUUUUUCUUCAAAUCCAACAUUCCCACCAUGGCGCUUUGUGGGUUUGCAUUUCCAAUCAACCACCGGUCGAUCAGUUCCCACACAAUUCAACAUUGUUUCUUUGGUAAAGAUCUGCAACAGGGUCAAUCUUGUUCGCACAAACCCUUUAAUCAGUUGAGUAAAAGAUCAGGUGUUGUUCAAGCUACACUGUCUGAAAGGGGUGAGUAUCACUCACAGAGACCUCCUACUCCACUUUUGGACACCAUAAAUUACCCAAUUCACAUGAAGAAUCUGUCCAUUAAGGAAUUGAAGCAAUUAGCUGAUGAGCUUAGGUCUGAUGUCAUCUUUAAUGUAUCGAAAACCGGUGGUCACUUGGGUUCCAGCCUUGGUGUGGUGGAGCUUACGGUGGCGCUUCAUUACGUGUUCAAUACGCCACAAGAUAAGAUACUUUGGGAUGUUGGUCAUCAGUCUUACCCGCAUAAAAUAUUGACUGGAAGAAGGGACCGGAUGCAUACCAUUAGACAAACAAACGGGCUGGCGGGUUUCACCAAACGGUCUGAAAGCGAGCAUGAUUGUUUUGGCACGGGGCAUAGUUCAACUACCAUUUCUGCAGGGUUAGGCAUGGCUGUGGGGAGGGAUUUAAAAGGUGGAACAAACGACGUAGUAGCUAUUAUCGGCGAUGGUGCGAUGACCGCGGGUCAAGCUUACGAAGCCAUGAACAAUGCGGGUUAUCUAGAUUCUGAUAUGAUCGUCAUCCUUAAUGACAAUAAACAAGUCUCGUUACCAACUGCAACACUUGACGGGCCUAUACCUCCCGUUGGAGCUUUAAGCAGCGCUCUUAGUAGGUUACAGUCUAACCGUCCUCUUAGGGAACUGCGUGAAGUUGCCAAAGAAGUUACCAAACAAAUUGGUGGGCCCAUGCAUGAACUUGCUGCUAAAGUUGAUGAAUAUGCCCGUGGUAUGAUUAGUGGUUCCGGGUCGACCCUGUUUGAAGAACUUGGGUUAUAUUACAUUGGGCCCGUUGAUGGUCAUAGCAUCGAUGAUCUUGUUGCCAUUCUUAAAGAGGUUAAGAGUACUAAAACGACGGGCCCGGUUUUGAUUCAUGUCAUUACAGAGAAAGGCAGAGGAUAUCCAUAUGCCGAGAAAGCUGCUGAUAAGUACCAUGGUGUGGCGAAGUUUGACCCGGCAACAGGGAAACAAUUCAAGUCAAGCGCACCGACUCAGUCCUACACGACUUACUUUGCGGAGGCCUUGAUUGCUGAAGCUGAGGCCGAUAAACAAAUUGUGGCUAUACAUGCUGCGAUGGGUGGUGGGACCGGGAUGAAUCUAUUCCAUCGUCGGUUCCCGAGUCGAUGUUUCGAUGUCGGGAUUGCUGAACAACACGCGGUUACUUUUGCUGCGGGUUUGGCGUGUGAAGGCCUAAAACCAUUUUGUGCGAUUUACUCAUCGUUCCUGCAAAGGGGUUAUGAUCAGGUAGUGCAUGAUGUAGACUUGCAGAAGUUGCCUGUGAGGUUUGCGAUGGAUCGGGCUGGGCUUGUUGGUGCGGAUGGCCCAACACAUUCGGGCUCGUUUGAUGUCACUUACAUGGCGUGCCUUCCGAACAUGGUGGUCAUGGCUCCUUCUGACGAGGCUGAGCUGUUUCAUAUGGUGGCAACCGCUGCUGCCAUUGACGACAGACCUAGUUGUUUUCGUUAUCCGCGUGGAAAUGGGAUAGGCGUUCCGUUGCCACCUGGCAACAAAGGCGUUCCUCUCGAGAUUGGGAAAGGCCGAAUAAUGAUCGAAGGAGAACGAGUCGCGCUUCUAGGGUAUGGGACAGCAGUUCAAAGCUGCUUAACAGCAGCGGGUUUAGUAAAAGAACGAGGCUUAAACAUAACCGUUGCCGAUGCUCGUUUUUGCAAACCGUUGGACCAUAAUCUCAUCCGGGCACUCGCAAAGUCACACGAGGUGUUGAUCACGGUCGAAGAAGGAUCGAUCGGCGGGUUCGGCUCUCACGUUGCUCAUUUCAUGGCACUAGAUGGUCUUCUUGAUGGAAAACUGAAGUGGAGACCACUGGUGCUUCCGGACCGCUACAUCGACCAUGGUGCACCGGAUGACCAGCUAGCGGAAGCGGGGUUGACUCCAUCGCAUAUAGCCGCAACCGUAUUCAAUGUACUUGGGCAAACAAGAGAGGCUCUGGAGGUUAUGUCAUAGAGGGUUCUUGUCAUCUUGUGUGAUGAGUGAUAUACAAGAGUUGUUGCUCAACUUUUAACAGUGUGAAGAUAGAGUCAAAACCCUUUGUAAAAAGUCAGCUGAACUGGAUUGGGUUUGUUGACUUGUUAUGUAGUAAGCAAAGUGGUUCGGGUCAAUACUAAAAGACCCGUUUUAGAACCCGACCGUUUAGACUGGAGACCCGAUAAAAAGUUACAAUGGGUAUAUGUAUACAAAGUUUUAUUAUUCUUUGUGUUUU